UGCAGAGAAGGUUUUGCUUCAAAAACUAGAGAACCUGGAACAAGAAAUGAGCUCCCUUGGCUGUACCAGUAUUACUCAUGCUGAAGAUAUUUUUCUACGUAGUCAAGAAGCAGCAAGUGCUUACCAGUUGUUUGAGGAAGAGAACAAAAGUGUCAAACGCCUGCUGGAGGAGGUGUCUCACUACUAUUCUAAACUACAACAAAAGCACAAAAGGCUAGUAAAUGAACUAGAAAAUCAGAGAACUGGCAAUGGCAACAGAAACAAGAUUUUUACUUCUGUCAACAAACAGAUUCCAUCCAAUAUCAUCAGAAGUGAAGACUAGUUCUGAAGCCAGAUAUUGGACAGAGGAGAUUGUUGUUUACUUGGAGUCAUCUCCAAAUAAGAGUUUUGUUUAAAUUUGUUUAGAACCAUAUUUUCUGCUAACUGUAAAAAUAAAUAAAUAAAACACAAAACUGUUAGAAUUAAACAUGUUAUGAUAUGA